CGUGAGGGUGCUGCAAACCUUCGAGGCAGGAGCCACCGUGUGGUGUGGUGCUUCAAAGGAACGGCAGGUGACCGGCGCAGCCUCACUCGUCAGGAGUGAGUGCGCACUGCUGGGAAGAUCAAAAUGACCGCCAGGGCACCGCCUGACGCCAGUCUCAGGUUGGAGUGGAUAUUCGGAUAUAAUGGGGUAGCCAUGAAGAACGUCCACUUCCUGGCCAAGAACAUCAUCGUGUACUUCACUGCGGGCGUGGGCGUAGUGUUUCGCCUCGCGGAAAAGGACCAGAAGUACUUUCACGGACACAACGACGACAUCACGAGCCUCGCAGUGAGCCCGGACAAAACGAAGGUGGCCACCGGUCAGCUGGGCGACGAGCCCUACAUCUGCGUCUGGCACCCGUUCACGCUGGAAACGCUCUCCGUGCUGAAGGACGCCCAUCUGAUUGGCAUUAAGCGACUGGGCUUCAGCCUGGACGGCAAGAUGCUGGCCUCGCUCGGGAUGGACGACUCCAACACGCUGGUGGUGUGGGACUGGCAGCGGGGCACGAGCGUGGCCUCCACCACAGGCCACUCGGCGCGGGUACUGGACCUCACCUGGAGCCCGUACACGGCCAACGAGCUGGCCACCUGCGGCGACCAUCACCUCCGGCUCUGGCACCAGCUGGGCAACAGCUUCAAGUCGCACGGUGCUGUGUUUGGAGCCGCUGACCUAGUGCAAAACCUGACCUGCGUGCUGUAUCAGUCGGAGACCACGCUGGUGACGGGCACUGAGCACGGCCAUGUGUACGUGUGGAGGAACAGAGAGCUGUACCGCGUCAUCGAUGGGACACAUGACAGUGCCGUGCUGUGCCUGGCGCUGGCUCGAGACGGUCUGGUGACGGGGGGAGAGGACGGCCACGUCAAACUGUGGACCGCUCACUAUGACCCCAGCAAAACUGUUAGAGCGAGAAGUCCUGCGCUUAAUAGAGAUGGGGCUGUUACGUCCGUCGUCUGGGAACAUGGGCAGUUUUUGAUCGGCACUCGACUGAGCGAGAUUUUCGUUCACCACGACGCGGACAGUGUCUGCUACAUGCAAGGCCACGGCAAGGGUGAACUGUGGGGUCUGUGUCCUCACGUGGCCAACUACCUGGUCGUGACGGCAGGAGAGGACCACACUGUCAGGGUGUGGGACGUCGAGAAGAGAGAGGCGCUGCAGGCGACCCGUCUGGACCUGGAGGUCAUGGCCUGCGCCGUCCGGCCCGAUUCGUCACAGAUCGCCGUCGGCAUGAAGUACGGCACGGUGGCCAUCCUCCGCUCGGGCGACAUGUCGGAGGUGACCCGCAUCUCCGACCGCAAGGAGGCCAUAUCGGAUCUCAAGUUCUCGCCGGACGGAUCGCGGCUGGCGGUCGGCUCGCACGACAACUUCGUGGACGUGUACGAGACGGAGCGGUACCGGCGCAAGGCGGAGCUGGCCGGCGCCUCCAGCUACAUCAGCCACCUGGACUGGAGCAUGCACGGCGACUAUGUGCAGCUCAACAGCGGCGCCGGCGAGCGGCUCGUGUUCGCCGCUCACGACGGCUCGCGGGUGACGGACCAGGAUGUGCUGGACUCGUUGGAGUGGCACACACUGACAGGGGUGCUGGGGCCCGAGAUACACGGCAUCUGGCCGCGCUACUCAGACCUCACCGACAUCAACACCGCCGACGUGGACGUGGAGAACGGCGUUAUCGCCACCGGCGACGACUUCGGCCUCGUCAAGCUCUUCAGGUACCCCUGCCGGAAGAAAGGUGAGAACUACGACAUCGGCGAUACUCCAUUCCCAAAGGAGAUGCCUGCUGGUAGACAUGGAUGUCAAUUGAUCAGCCUUUAA